AUGUCCGGCACCGAUCUCGCCAACCCGCUUCGCAAGUUUAAGCUUGUCUUCCUGGGUGAACAAAGCGGCACGCUCAGCCCUUGCAAAGCGCAAUCCGAGCCCGAUUUGCCCGCGCCCCACUCAUCUUUGUACGCUUGGACGCAGGCGACCAUUGGCAUUGACUUUCUUUCCAAAACCAUGUACCUGGAGGAUCGCACCGUGCGUCUGCAACUUUGGGAUACUGCUGGCCAGGAGCGCUUUCGCUCGCUGAUCCCCUCUUACAUCCGCGACUCGUCGGUGGCCGUCGUUGUCUACGACAUUACCAACCGCAACAGCUUUCAACAAACCUCGAAAUGGAUCGAUGACGUGCGAGCUGAGCGCGGCUCUGAUGUUGUGAUUAUGCUGGUUGGCAACAAAACUGAUCUCAACGAUAAGCGCGAGGUGAGCUUGGAGGAGGGUGAGGCCAAGGCCAAGGAACUCAACGUCAUGUUCAUCGAGACCAGCGCCAAGGCCGGUCACAAUGUGAAGCAGCUGUUCAAGCGCGUCGCUGCGGCACUCCCUGGCAUGGAAUCAACUGCGGAGGCCAACAAGGAGACUGAAGCCCCCUUGACGGUGAAGAUUACCGAGACAUCCGACCAGCAGCCGGCAUCUGCCUGCUCGUGCUGAGCACAGCGAGCACACCGCCUUCUUCUCAAGCUCUGCGCUGCAUUUUGGUGUGAGCAGCGAAUAAAGGUGUUCAACAUGAUUGAAGACGCGAGAAUCCAACUAGGUCUCAAUGCAUCAUUAUUCAAUGCGUCCUCAUGCUGCCUGCACUCGAUAACCAAGGCCCGUGUUGACUGCUUUGCGGUUGCGGCUGAUCUCGCAUCACCAAUUUCUUCUUCUUUGACUUUUUUUUACCCUGGACCAAACAGUACUGCAGUUGGCUGCUCUUUCUACGCCGCCUGCCCGGAAGCCAACACUAGCCAUUUGUGACCAUUUGUUGCCCCUCCUCCCUCCCUCAUGUAUGGGGGCGAGUACGUGCAUAGUCGAGUCGUAUUG